AUGCCCCAGCAACUGGAAGAAAAGCAUGAAAUUACCCCCCAUGUUGCACCACCUAGAAAUAGGUGUCAGAGGAGGGAGGAAGAGGCUAGGAACUAUGCCGGAACCUCUUACCAACAACCACGGCAAGAGGCCGAGGAAUAUGAUUCAGAUGAACAGCAGAGGUCCUGUGACUUGGACGACGACGAUGAGAAUUUGCCAUUCUCGAGGGAACUAAGGAGUGCCCAGGUUCCAAACCACUAUGUAAUGCCAAAGAUACCUAAGUAUGACGGGAGAGGCGACCCAGAGAAGCACCUAAAUGCUUAUAAAACUCACAUGAGCCUAAGGGACGCCACCCGAGCUACGAAAACCCCACAAGGAUCCCGUAGGGGGAGAGGCCGAGGCCGGGGUUCGGGACCUAGAAAUAGGUCAAAUCAGAACCCACCGGGAUACUGUGUACACCACCGGUCCUAUGGACACGACACAGUGGAUUACCGAGACUAUGCGCAUCGCUCCUGGCUAGAAUCCCCUAGGGACAGAAAUAAAUCGUCCCAGGCGAAUAGGCACCCGCCCAAGCACGACAACCGACGUGGGCAUGAGGAGGCUGUUCCCCGUCAAAGGGAUGUUUCCCAACGACAGAGGGAGCGUGAAAUGGAGAGGCCUAAGGGAAGGACGCAGGCACCGAAGAAACCGACAAGCCCAGGAUGA